AUGGCCACCAAGCAAUCGACUGCCCUUAACGCCCUCACUAAGGCGCAACCUAGAGUCCCCUUACCACUAUCGGGCGGCAACUCGAAGCCAGCAGAUCCGCGCAAACAUUCCCUCGUUACUCUACCCGCUGAGCUUCGGAACAAGAUCUUUGAGGAUCUCGUCGAGUUCUCCGAGCCCGUCAAGGUUACCUUCCGUCGACAUUUUGAAUACAGCUCAGAGCGCAUAAGCUUCUCGCUCCAACCAGAACAUCAGCGUCAGAGGAGCUUGCUUCUGACAUGUCGGACUAUUUACUCGGAUGUGGCUUCGGCUUUCUAUGCCAACAACAAGUUCCUCAUAGCUCCGGACAGCUACCAAUACUCACAGCGUAGUCAGGCGACUGCGGAUGAGGUUGCUGUAUUAUUUUUCCAGCGAGUGGGCUCGCAGGUUCAUUGGAUCCGUAAAGUUAUCCUCGAUAUUACGAGUAGGCCGUGGGCCUUGAACUUCGAUAGAUGUGCAUUCCCGUACACAUACGAUGUGUUUGAGGUCGGCAUACUUUUGAGAUUCCUCUGGCACCACCGCCUCGCUAUCGAGAUCGCUUACUUGCAAGCCAAGGGAGCUUCCCGGGAUGUCUGUAAUCCUCCAGCGAUGACCCGGGUCAUGCGCUGUAUUCUCGAAGGCCAAGUGAUGCUAAAGGCAUCUCGCAGUCAGAUGCUCGAGAUUGCAAUCAAAUAUGACGGCUCCGGUGGUAUGUUCCGUCUGGGUAAAGUACCACCUGGCGCACCAAGCCGAUUUGCACUCGAUCGCGCUCAACAAAUCUACAGCUUCGCCGCUGAGGAUAGUGGACGGUGCCUCACCUUGACAAAGCCGACACCUCCUACCUUGUUGACCUUACCCGUUCAUCCCGUACUCUCCAAGAUCUUUUCCGAGGUCCUCAGUGAGCGGGAGAAAAUCUGCAUCGAUCUUGAUGUCGACACGAGCUUGCCAGUCAACUUCACUCACGUCAAUAGGCGGUUUCACGAGAGCUGUUGGGCAAGCUUGCUACAAGCCGCAACGUACACAUUGCUGCUUCAUUCAAGAGAAAAGCGCAGUACGUUCACUAACUUUAGCAAACUUGCUCGCAUCUUACGUCGUACAUUUACAACUCCCGAGGAUCCUGGACAAAACUACCACGGGAUAUCAGGACCUUUGCGGUGGUCAGCGCCCCAUUGGAAGCUGGAGAAGUCACAAGAGCUCAGCGUUGUGCUGGAGUUCGACCUAGCCGAUCCGACCGCCUUGGAAGACCUGCGCAUCAGCGUGCUGCCCUUACUUUUGGAGACAUCUUCGUAUUGGGGUGAUCGCACUGUCACGAUCCGUUCAUUGACCUCUACACCGGGUGGCCGUUCCCUUUUCGCCGAGCAAACAAUCACGUUUCAAGAACUUCGACUGAACGCUAUGAAUGCGCUGGAACACACAUUCGGUAAGACUGUUGGGUACGCAGCUACUACGAUGUGGGUAAACGGGUUGGGAAAGGUCGUCGAGACAGAGUUCAGUCGUUUCUCUAGCCCAUUUCGCAUCCAAUACGAUCCGGCAAAAGCAUCCGGGGGAUUCGGCGGUAGGAAAUCGCGUAAAGUGUCCUCUAUUUACCCAAAGGAUCAGUACUUCCACGGACAAAAGACCCGACACGACUGCCAAUCAAAAGAUUGCAAGCAGCUGUUCCCAUCUCAGUACUCCGCGGUAACGGUAUUGGAUUAUCUCGAGGAGGUCUUGACCAGAUAUGACGUUAAGAAUAAACCUGAUUCGGACAAUGCGUAA